AUGGGACUUCUCCCCAAAUCCUCCUACUAUGACCAGCACUACAAGCAAUCCGCCGCCUUGAUCCGCGCCCGCCGCCCCUACCUGUUCAAGAACGCAGCGACGGGAGUGAGCCUGUUUGGUUUCUGCGUGGGUGUCUACUGGUUCACCAUCCGCGCCGUCUCGCAGGACGACUUCGAAGACGUCAAGGUUCCCGACGCGGCAACGCCGGUCCAGGCUCCGACGGCUGGCGCGAGUACGAUGGCUAGGCAGUUCGACACAGCAGCAGCUGGCAAAUAG